CCAUUCGAUUUUAAUAAUUCUCAAUGAAAAAAUAAUACAAGCAAGUCUCCGGGGGCAAGUUUUCACGACACAUCAGUCGGUUGUCACUAUUGCCAAGUGUGAGGUGCACGGGAACUGCGAUUAAGGUGUAUCGAACAGGCGCAACGAUAAACGUGUGCGUUAUAAUAUUACACGCAAAGAAGAGAGAAAAAGCUUUUUGCGUGUCAACCGGAACUGCAGACGUGCAGCAGUUUGUCCGUGUAUACGGAAGGAAGGAAACGGAUUUUGUAAACCAAAGGAUUUACGUAUAGACGUAUAGACGUAUAAUAUAAGGAAAGAGGAAAGAUUGCAACCCUAUAAAAAAAAACAAAGAAAAAAAACUACGUCCCAGGAAAAAAACAUGUCCGCUGUCGAGAGUGCUCUCGACGUCUUAUCCAGGGCAGCCACAAUGGUACAGGAGGAGAGGCCAAAAGCGUCGAAUCUUCACAGAAAGCCCAGCAGUGCCUGGCGUAAAGAACGCAGGCGAGAUCCGAUCCAAAGCGAAGCUCUUGACAUGUCAGCUGCCAGGGUACAUCACCAUGCGAGGCCGAGUGUAAUCGUGCCAACGACACCGCAACCAGGAACGACCGUCGAGGACACGGCGGUAGCGGCCUGCACGGCCACUGCAUCCGCUGCAACGGGGACCCAGCGAACCGGGGUCAGGAGCAGCGGCGUUGUCUGCGACCCGGCGAUCGACGAACACUUUAAACGGUCCCUGGGCCUCGAAGAAUACGCGGCCGUGUUCGACGCGACGUCAUCAAACGACAAGGCGACCGGUCUCAGCGUUGACGACCACUUUGCCAAAGCCCUCGGUGAAACGUGGACUAGACUGCAGGCCACCAACCGAAGCAAGGACUCGACUUAACCUUCCGCCACCUAACUACUCAGCAGGCUAGAAUAUUCUGCGUUGGUCGGAUGCAGUUACCAUCGUUCUUGUACUCGAUCCGAACGGCCAAUACUACGCUCCUCGUGAAAUCGCAGCUGUUACUGGAUCGCUGGAAUACAUUAAUUGUAAAUAAAGAUAGCUUAAUCAACACUA